AUGAACCGCUCCGAGAGGAAUAUAAGGCCGGAUUCGGCCAAUCUGAGUCAGAACCGAAUAGAACAAAGAAAAAGAAAAAGCGGACAUAGCCCCAAUGGGCCAAAUAACGGGACAAAGUGGUCCCUCAAGCAGGAAAAGAAGCCCAAGCACGCUCCGUUGGUGAUUUUCUGCAUCUCCUGCAUCACAUUCAUCAGCUGCUACCUGGGUGGCCUUGUUACGGUCUCUGUUCCCCAAGUAGCCAGAGACCUGAAUCUAGACCCGGGAAUGGAAUUAUGGCCUGUUUCUAUGUAUGCCUUGUCCACCGGCUGUACGCUGCUCAUCUUCGGUGCGGUGUCAGACGCCGUGGGUAGCAGGUUGAUUUUCCUACUCGGCUGCUUCUUUCAGAGCAUUUUCUGCAUGGCGUGUGGUCUUGCAGAAAAUGGUUCUCAAUUGAUUGUUUUCCGUGUCAUUUCUGGUUUAGCUACCGCCAUGUGCUUGCCAUCCGCCACGAGUAUCAUCUCCGAGAACUUUUCGCCAGGAAAGCUCCGCAACCUCGCCUUCUCUUUCAUGGGUGGUGGACAGCCUAUUGGAUUUGGUGUCGGGAUUCUAGUUGGGGGUGUUCUUACUGACACUAUCGGCUGGCGCUGGGGCUUUCAUACUGCAGCGAUUGCCAAUACAGCGGCUUUCUUGUUGUCUUGGUGGCAGUUACCGCACACAAAGAAAGGCGGAGUCAAAUGGCACUCUCUCAUUUUUGGCAUUGACUGGUUAGGUGCGAUUAUCAUAAGCACAGCUUUGGCGCUUCUGUCAUUGGCGCUAGCGAUCAUUUCUGGAGACGUGAACAGCAUCCGCCAGGCAUCCACCAUAGCAUAUUUUGUUGUCUCCGGGGUACUGCUGGUCUGCUUUGUCCUCUGGCAAGAGUUCCAGGAGCGGCGAGACAAGCCGACUCUAAUCCGUAACUCUCUAUGGAAGAAUGUCGCCUUUAGUUCUAUUUGUGCUAAUGUCUUCAUUAUCUGGGGUGCCUUCAAUGGAUUCGAGCAAAUCAUCAAUUUCUUUUUCCAGAAUGUCCAGGAGCUUUCUGUAAUCCAAACAGCUAUUCGCUUUAUCCCCACCCCAGUUACCGGUCUCUUAAGCGCCCUCGUUACCGGUUUGAUCCUCCAUCGCGUCCGCGCGGAUGGCAUCAUGAACAUCACCACUAUUAUCUCCUGCAUCUCCCCGCUGAUAAUGGCUCUCGUGGACUCGAACUGGACCUAUUGGCGAUGUGCGUUCGUGGCUAUCAGUCUCAACUCUAUCGCCGCGGACUCCUUGUUCACUGUCUCCAACAUCCUGAUCGCAGGGGUGUUUCCUCCUGAAACGCACGGUCUAGCAGCCGGUGUAUUCAACACAGUCUCGCAGAUCGGGAAGAGCUUUGGGCUUACUUUUGUGGAGCUGAUCGCCAAUGUUGUCAGUGAUAAUAAGGCGAGUCCGGAGGAGAGAAACAGGCCGGAGGGGUUGAUGGUUGGAUACCGGGCAGCCUUUUGGCUUCUUUUCGCGAUGAACAUUCUCAGUUUGAUAAUUGGGGCCCUGGGGCUCAGGAAGGUGGGGAAUAUAGGGAAGAAGAAAUCGCAAUAGUUACGCAUCCUAUGGGGAGUUGGUCGAACACAAUCGCGUUCAAG